GAAACGUCAAAGCCAUCCAACAUGCUAUUAUUUUUUCCAAAUUAAAGGAUAUAUCUUGCCUUCUGCCUCUGUUUCUUAUCUCUAUAUGUAUAGAGGAUUUUGUCUCCAUAUAUAUGCCAAAUUAAGCAUAGAACACCAUAUUACAAGUGAUAUUUAAUAUUUCGUAUAAACUAGGAAACAUAUCUUAGGUUAUGGAUACCCUCAAGAAUCUCUUGCUCUCCCCUCUCCGUAGAUUCAUCCACAAAGAUUUUCACGAGGCCGUAGAUAGAAUGGCUCUCGUGGAUAAAUUUUUGUUUCUGAUUGUUCAUUUCAUUGAUAAACUGAAUCUGUGGCACCGACUACCGGUGUUUUUUGGGCUACUUUAUCUUGGAGCGCGGCGGCGUCUUCACCAGGAAUACAAUUUGAUCAACGUCGGUAGAACACCUACCGGCGUUCGAUCAAAUCCGGCCGAUUACCCUUAUCGAACUGCUGACGGAAAAUACAACGACCCGUUUAAUGAAGGUGCAGGCAGUGAAUUUUCCUUUUUUGGAAGGAAUAUGCUACCUGUUGAUCACCACAACAAGUUGAAGAAGCCAGAUCCAAUGGUGGUAGCAACAAAACUUCUAGCUAGGAAAAAUUUCGUGGACACAGGAAAACAAUUUAACAUGAUCGCUGCUUCUUGGAUACAGUUUAUGGUUCAUGACUGGAUCGAUCAUUUGGAAGAUACUCAACAGAUUGAGCUUCAUGCACCUAAAGAAGUUGCAAGUCAGUGUCCUCUCAAGUCCUUCAAGUUUAACAAAACCAAGGAAACUUCAACGAACUUUUAUGAAAUCAAAACUGGUCACUUGAACAGGCGUACCCCAUGGUGGGAUGGAAGCGUUAUAUAUGGGAGCAAUGCAGAGGUUUUAAAGAAAGUUAGAACAUUUAAAGAUGGGAAACUGAAGAUAUCAGAAAAUGAACUUAUCCAACAAGAUGAAAAUGGGAAUAUCAUCUCUGGUGAUGUUCGUAAUACUUGGGCAGGACUUUUGACAUUGCAGGCGCUCUUUGUUCAAGAGCACAACGCUGUUUGUGAUUCCUUGAAGAAAGAAUAUCCAGAAUUGAAGGAUGAGGACUUGUACCGUCAUGCACGGCUAGUAACUUCUGCUGUAAUUGCAAAAGUUCACACCAUAGAUUGGACUGUUGAGCUUCUCAAAACCGACACCAUGCUUGCAGGAAUGCGUGCCAAUUGGUAUGGAUUGCUAGGAAAGAAAUUCAAGGAUACAUUUGGGCAUGUUGGAGGUUCUAUUUUGAGUGGUUUUGUGGGAAUGAAGAAACCUGAGAAUUAUGGAGUGCCUUACUCCCUCACUGAGGAAUUUGUGUGUGUGUAUCGGAUGCAUCAACUUCUACCGGACAAGCUUCAGCUGAGGAAUAUAGAUGCAAAACCUGGACCAAACAAAUCUCUCCCUUUGACUAAUGAGAUUCCCAUGGAAGAUUUAAUUGGGGGUAAAGGAAAGGAGAAUUUAUCAAGAAUUGGUUUUACUAAGCAAAUGGUAUCAAUGGGUCACCAAGCUUGUGGAGCUCUUGAACUUUGGAAUUAUCCAGUGUGGAUGAGGGAUCUUGUUGCCCAAGACGUUGAUGGAAACGAUAGGCCAGAUCAUAUUGACCUUGCUGCCCUUGAAAUUUAUAGAGACAGAGAAAGAAGUGUUCCUAGGUACAAUGAAUUUCGCAGGAGGAUGUUGCAAAUUCCAAUUUCCAAAUGGGAAGAUUUGACGGAUGAUGUAGAAGCCAUUAAAAUAUUUCAUGAAGUAUAUGGAGAUGAUGUAGAAGAAUUAGACUUGUUGGUAGGACUCAUGGCGGAGAAAAAGAUAAAGGGUUUUGCCAUCUCAGAGACUGCCUUUAUCAUAUUUCUUCUCAUGGCGGCAAGGAGGCUAAAGGCAGACAGAUUUUUCACCAGCAACUACAAGGAGGAGACAUAUACAAAGAAAGGACUGGAAUGGGUGAAUACAACAGAAAGCUUGAAAGAUGUGUUAGAUCGACAUUACCCUGAAAUAACUGAGAAAUGGAUGAACUCCAGCAGCGCAUUCUCUGUUUGGGACUCUACUCCUGAACCUCAUAAUCCUAUUCCACUCUACUUUCGUAUUCCUCAACAUUAGAUUCCUCAUCCAUAUACUUAUCGAGUCAAUCACAUAUUGCGAUUUACAAUGUACACAUACAUAUAUAAUAUAUUAGAUUCCUAUUUUAUUUUGACAUGUUCUAUUCGCUGAGGCACGAACUAUUUCGGUUUAAUUUGUAAUAUGACUAUCCUAGUUUAAAAUUAAUGUUGUUCAUCUCAU